GUGAGCACGUGUAAUUUGACAUUCCGAAUACUCCGAUUCCACCUUCACCACUCUCUGAGCCGUACAACAAAACCAAAACAAAAAGUUUACUAAUUUUCUAUUCUUCUAAAGGACGAUACUAAAAUUAUGGCCAAACCAAAGGGAAAAAAGAAUAAAAAGACUCAUGUCAUCGAGAAACCCAAAACAAGAAAAGAACAACGCAAGGAAAAGAAACUCCUCAAGAAGGAAAACAAACGUAAUUACUUCUCAAAAUCAUUCAAAACGAAGAUAACUUCUGAGGCAGGUGGUGAUAACAGAACUAUCGCUCACCGGGGUCUUCCACCACCGCCUAAGAGUGACGACGACGAUGAAGAUGAAAUCCCAUCUGACUUCUCAGAUGAAGAAGUCGAUGCAAUUAUGAAAGUGCCGAAGAAACCGGAAAAACAGCCGGUCAAAAAGCCAAAAGUUCAAGUUCCAGGACGUCUAGAUCCCGAUGAAAUCCAUCGUCGUGAAUUGGCCAAACAAAAAGACUUAGAAAGAGCAUCGGAGAAGAAACGAAUGAAGCAACUGAAAGUUGCCAAUGAGGAGGAAGACAUAAUCAUCUCGAGAUUGGAGAAGAAACUGAGGAUAAAAAAGAGCAAGGACAAGAAACGUCUGGUCCAGAAAAUGUUCAAUGAUGGUUUAGAUUAUGCUCUGGAAUUUUGCCUUGAUGACGAUGAAAAUGAUAACAAAAAGUCUAAAAACAAGAAACAAACUUCCCAAGAAGACGAAUUUAACUCUGACUUCGAAGAAGGAAUGGAUGAUGAUGAAGGGGACGACGAACCAAUGACUGAUGAUGGGUCUUUCGGAGAAGGUGAUGAUGACGAUAGUGAUGGGUCUGAGAGUGAUGCCAGCGCCGAUGAAGCUCCCAAAGUCAAGGAAGACAUCUAUGGGCGUAAACGUGACGCCGAUGGCAACAUCAUCUCCGAGUCUACCCCAGCUCCAACUACUGGCAAAUAUGUCCCACCACAUCAACGUGCAGCUGCAGCAGCAGCAGGAGCAUCAGAAGGCAACAGCAAUCGCAAGGAACAGCUCGACCGUUUGAGUAAGAACUGCAAAGGUUUCCUCAACAGGUUGUCCGAGGUGAAUCUUCACAAAAUUUCCAACAGUAUCGAAAAGCUCUACAUGUCUCAUUCCCGACAUGAUAUGAAUGAAACUCUCUACAAUCUCCUUUCCGAAGCUCUUCUAACUAAAUCCCUCUGCAAAGAGAGAAUGAUUCAGGAACACGUCGUGUUAUUGGCCUAUCUGCAUGCCUCCGUAGGCACCGAGAUUGGUGCCCAUUUUCUCCAAAUGUUUGUCGUCAAAUUCGAUGAACAUCUUCGCAACAUCACCGCCAACACCGACAUCGAAAAUAAGCAACUCAACAACUUGGUCCUUAUCCUUUCAUAUCUCUACCUAUUUAAGAUUUUCGAACACAACCUUCUCCUGGAACUGAUAGGAAAGCUGGGAGAUAACCUCUGUGAGAAGACAGUCGAAUGUUUGUUGUUGAUUUUCCAAUCGGUGGGAUUCAAGCUCCGAAAGGAUGAUCCAUUGGCCUUCAAGAACAUGAUGAAUGGUAUUCAAAAGAAAAUAGCAGAAUCUUCGAUGGAAAUGAAGGAGAACCUGCGUCUCAAGUUCAUGGUGGACAUUCUCAAUGCCGUGAAGAAUAACAACAUCAAUAAAAUCCCUCAAUUUGACCCGGAACUUGGAGAGAAUCUGCGAAAGAAACUCAAGGCUAUGCUGACCAAUGACAAAUACGUCAUCACACUCAACAUAACAAUCGACGAUCUGUUGAGAGCCGACGAAGUGGGAAAAUGGUGGAUUGUGGGCUCAGCUUGGAGUGGAAACAUCAAGGACAUCAACGCGGCGAAUAAAUCUUCUUCAUCGCUGCCCAAACAGGAGCGAUUCAGUGAGAAGCUUCUGGCCCUUGCGAAACAACAGAAAAUGAAUACCGACGAUAGGAAGAACAUCUUCUGCAUCGUCAUGAGUGCGGAGGACUAUGUGGACGCCUUCGAGAAGAUUCUGCAUCUCGCCUUGAAGGACCAACGUAGCAUAGCCUAUGUGAUCAUCCACUGCAGCCUCAACGAGGCGAAGUACAACCCCUACUAUGCGCACUUGGCUCAGAAGUUCUGUCAGCACAAUAGGAAGUACCAACUGGCCUUCCAAUUCGCCUCAUGGGACCGGAUAAAUGACAUUGCCCGCCUGAGCAAGCCGCAGAUCAAGAAUCUGGCUAAGUUCUUGCUGCAUUUGAUUCAGCAAGGUGGGCUGGCGCUCUCAGUAUUGAAGGUGGUUAACUUCGUGGACUUGGAUAAGUCAAACUUCAUCCUUAUGAAGGAGGUAAUGGUGGGAAUUCUACUCUCGUCUGAAGCCGAUUGUCGACAAGUCUUCGAGAAGAUCGCAAAGAAUGUGAAGCUGAGCGUCUUCAAGAACAGCAUACGACUGUUCAUGCAGCAUUUCCUAUUGAAGAACGAAGCUUCCCUGAAACUCGACGAAGAGAAGAUGACACAGCUUAAGCGAAGAAUAGAUUUUAUAGAUAAACUUUUAGCCUAUGUCGAUCUUUAGUAAGAACAAAUAAA